AUGGUGGCGGCUUCAACAGUUGUAUCUGCAAAAGAUCGCUUACCCUCAUGUGAACUUAUUCCAAAGUUGCUAUGCUCUACUGAACAUAUUUCGAAUAAAUGUCUUGUCGAUUGCAUCAAUUAUGUAGUUAUUAAAUGUCCAUAUAAAAUGCAAAAUUAUGAUGAAAUUAUCACAAUGGCCAUUGCACCAACUUAUCAAACUGCCGGUGACUAUAUUUAUCUUAAUCAACAACAACUGAUCAUCAUCAGUGUAUCAAAUUCCAAUUUUUCAUCCGACAUCGUAUCGAGAAUCGAGAAUUCUCGACCAUUUUAUUCGCCGUGUUUACAGCCGAAACUUGUUGAUAAACUAUUCUUAACCCGUUGUCAACAUCAUGUACCAGCGAAUUGUCACAAUUUAUGUACAUACGAACAUCGUGAACAUAUCGCAGUACCGAGCAAGAUGUUUGCGAUCUUAAAUAUCUCAGCAUUAUUUUGUAUUGCGCAAAUCGAAAUCGCGAUAAUCGAAAUUGUUGCCAGUUUCUUGGUAUGCUAUCAGAGAAAUUAG